AAGCCUUGCAAGAAAUGCAAAUCAAAGGGCAGCCUCACGUGUCCUAGCUGCAAGGGCACAGGAAAGAACAAGAAGAAUGGGAACGUCUUUGAACGAUGGAAGUGCUAUGACUGCCAGGGAUUCGGGCUGAUAUCUUGUCCAGAGUGCGGAGGGAAGGGACUCACACCGGAGCAGCGGGGAGAGAGAUAG